GCUUUCUGGUAGCUAUCAUUUAAGAAGGUAAACAUAUGAAAGACCCAGAUACCCCGGACCCAGCUGCCACAUAAAGGUGAUUUCAAUAAAGACUAUGGCAUUGCUGGGUAUAUGUCGGCAGUUUGCCUCUUUGUCUGUGAGAUGUCUUCCUAAAGUAACACAGCACUUGCAAGUCAAGACUGGUAAAAUGUCAGGAACAUUAAUAAAUUCUGCCUCUGGAAGUGCUACAUGGCGAAGUCUCUCAACCCUGAUAUCAAGGAACAAUACAAGCAUAGGUGUUCGUAGCAUAUGUGGGAAACAUCACCUUCCACAGAUAUCAUUACAGCGUGAUAUGACAUUAGGCCAGUUACACAGACGAGGAAAACUAAAGCCAAGGAAGAAGAAAUUUGGCAUACUUGGUGGAAAUGCUUAUAAAAGAGGCCUAGUUUUAAAAGCCAUUGUCAAAAAGCCAAAGAAACCCAAUUCUGCUUCCAGAAAAUGUGUGCGAGUGAAGCUUAGUAAUGGAAUUGAAACCACAGCAUAUGUUCCUUAUGAGGGUCACAACUUACAAGAGCACAGCAUAGUUCUACUCAAAGGAGGCAGACUACAAGAUGUUCCGGGUGUAAAAUUAUGUUGUGUACGUGGGAAAUAUGACUUGCCACAUGUCAUCAAAAAGAAAAAAGCUUAAUUAUGUGUGUGAUAUGUCCUGAUAUGCUCCACUUCUUCAAAAAUAAAUCUGUUUUCUAUUUC